CUUCUGAUGGCGCCGCGCCGCGUGUCCGGCGGUGGCGCGCAGGUCGCACAGGGCCAAGGGAGGGAGCAGGGAAAUAAACAACAGUGGACACUUACCACCAGCGUCGACGAUGUGCUAUUGGAGGGAGUAGAUGUUACAGAACAAAUGGAGCUAAACGACUUCAUCAGGAUGUACCUUGGUCCCAAGUUUGUGACCGAUGAGGGCCGCGGUGUAAAAAUGGGGGUGUUUGCGCGUAGGCCUGCGCGGUACGUCACGGACCCGGAGCUUUGUGACAGCGUACUCAGCGUACCAGCGUACCAGCUUCUGGAGGACGCACGCAAGCUUGCUGAGCACAGGGUGCAUUGUCUUCAACACUGGAAAGAAUUUGAUCACAAGGGGAUCGUCUCCAAUAUUUCAUGGGGAAAGCUUGACGGCGCGCUUAAGGUAGUGGAGGAAAACGAAAAGGCAGUACAGGUGGGGCAAGAAAGGGCACGAAGGGAAGAGGAAGAAAAGAAACGGCGGGAAGAAGAAAGGGCAAAACGGAUAUAUGAAAUUGCUAGCCAACCGCUGCCGGAUGGAUUCUACGACUCUGUGUUAAACGCGAAAUGCAGUCACGUCUUGGAGUUCUCCGAGGGCGAGGGGGAUGCGAUGGUGGCGCGAAUGGAGGUGCGUGAGGGCCAACCACCAACACAGUUGUGGGAUUACACGCGGGAUGGCGUAACUCUUUUGCCGGUGGAAGAUGCAGAGCAAUUUCAUGUGCCUCGCCCAAGGCUGAUGCUGCUCUCGUCCGAGCAUAAGUGGCCUUACUCACUGAGGCAGGGAGAGAACAUUGAAGAUUGCUACAUCAACCGUGAGGUGGAUCGUGUGUGGAGGAUCGUGCAGGGCGAUCUAGAGGGAGAGUUUGGCACCGAAGAUCUGGACUUGUUUGACUUGAGGCGGCGUCUCGUGAUUGGGACGCCGGGAAUAGGGAAAUCUAUGAGUGUUGGCUCCUACCUCCUUUACAGGUUGCUCCACUACGACGUUAAGAAGCUCCAAGUGGUGGUCUACUGCUUUGGGGGAGACCUGGCAUUCGUCUUUGACAAAGAAAAGCAAGCGGUGACAGCACACGAGGGUGUGCUCAAUAUUACCGGCCUUAUGAAAUAUUUGGUGUGGCAGCGUAAACUGAAAGGGUAUGUUAUCUACGACGUGGAUAAAAAGGGUUAUGAACCGUCGUGGGAUUACCCGCCCUCUGACACGUGGGGCGUCAUUGUGUUGUCCUCACCGAACGAAGAUAACUUCAAAGGAUGGGCGAAGCAAAAGAAGGCCGAAAUGAUCAUCAUGAAUUGUCCUGAAGAGCUUGAUGUGAAGGCGAUGUGUGCUUGGAGGACGCGUGAUAAGUCAGCAGCGGAGCAAACAAACUACUGGAAGAUGGUCGAAAAACGCAUGGGUCAAAUCGGACCGAUCCCACGACACAUUUUUAAUGGCAAUGCUGCUAGAACUCGCGUGUAUCAGGUUGAGCGUGUCUUGGGUUUGAUCAACGCUUCUAAUGCGGAUAAUUACAUUUCAGUUGGAGAAAAGGAAAUGGUGCCUGCGAAUGACGCGUCUCAUAAGCUGGUGAAAACUGCCCGAAUGUGUAGACCUGGCGGGGUCGAAGGUUUUGCGAAUCUGCCGGUUUGUUCAGAUAUCGGGGACCAAGUACUCAUAAAGCUGACAGAAGUAGGCAAGCAGAGGGAUUUUUUGUAUCAAUUAUGGAGGUUUAGGGAUUUCUUUUUGCCCGAAUUUCUGGAAAAGUAUGGUGUGCACGCAUUCACGAUUAGAGGCUUUGUGGAGAAUGUAAAAGAGAGACUUAAAGAACUGAAGCCACCAACAAAUCGCCCGGGACGUCCAUGUGUGCUGCAAUCAAACCCUGAAACGCAUCCAAGCAGGACAGUUCCAUUGACGCUACUGGAAGACAAGCCCUCAAGGCUUAAAUUGCAGUGUGGGGUGUUGUACUUGCCAAAGGCGAGAAGCUUUCCGCUGAUAGACGGCUUUUUCUUCGUGGACACACCGCGGAAGACGAUGGUUGGGCUGCAGACGACUGUGAGGGGUGCGCAUCACACCAAACCCAGCAAAGUGAAGCUGUUCAUGGAGCGUAUGACAAAGCAUUUUAAUGACUGGGAAACGUUUGCCGCAGACUUGUCGUGGGAGAUUAUUUACGUGCAGCAUCGAGAGAGUGAGCGAAUAAAGACGUGGCAGAAAUGCGAGAAUUCCACGAAUGCGGGCAACAAGAAAGAUGCGACACAGAGAACAAAGGUAGAGGAAAGAGAAACGAAAGCGAAAAGGAAGAAAGAGAAAGAGGACAAGGAGAUUGCAGACUGCUGGAAAGAAAAGGUGUAUCAGUACCAGGUGGCGAUAUCGGCAGAAGAUGUCGGACCUGAAAACAAUGCCCAACGUCGGCAACAGCUAGCG